GAGAGAUUACAAAAUAUCGGAUUUUGCAACUUGCUGUUGUAUAGUUGACCCUACUUCCGCACUUGGUUUCUUCCCCCUUUGGUCCAACCUGUCUACCCAUACUAUUACCUCUUCCAGAUAAACUUUGACUUCAUAUCCGUCGCUCACGUCGUCCCGCCGGAGCUCAGACCCACUCGCCGGCGACCUCGCUUCCCCACUAUUGACUCAUCUCAUUGCCUCUUCUUGUAAUUUUAGGUUUAUGUGUUUUAUGAUUGUACAAUAUGUUCGAUUGUGGUGCUAAGUCUCAGUAUCUGGGUGGACAGCGGGAAAAGUUUGUAAGGCUGGAUGACUUGGAUUCCAGGCUUUCCUCACCGGCAGCAUCAGUAGCAGCAAACAAAUGUAGCUUCGGUGUUGAGGGUUUAAAACGUGCUGGUCCUACAACUACAGGUACAUCAAGUUCUUUCAAGAAAGGAAUGAGAAAAGGUUCUGAAGGUCUUAAGUCAAUUGGUCGAUCUCUGGGCUUUGGUGUGUCUCGAGCUGUUUUUCCUGAAGAUCUUAAAGCUUCAGACAAGAAGAUAUUUGACCCUCAGGAUAAAUUCCUUCUUUUGUGGAAUAGGCUAUUUGUUAUAUCAUGUAUCCUGGGCAUCUCUGUGGAUCCUCUGUUUUUCUACCUUCCAGUUUUUGAUGAUAAAAAAAAUUGUCUUGGGAUAGAUCGGAAGUUGGCUAUAAUAGCGACAACGUUGCGAACAGUUAUCGAUGCUUUCUAUCUCUUUCAUAUGGCUCUUCAAUUUCGCACAGCUUAUAUUGCUCCAUCAUCUCGGGUUUUUGGUCGGGGUGAGCUUGUGAUAGAUCCUGGACAAAUUGCUAAACGAUACCUGCGCACCUAUUUUAUCAUUGAUUUUCUUGCGGUGCUACCUCUGCCUCAGAUUGUAGUCUGGAGAUUUCUACAGAGAUCAAAAGGGUCAGAUGUACUAGCUACAAAACAGGCAUUGCUUUUUAUCAUUUUGUUCCAGUAUGUGCCUAGGUGUGUUCGAGUUUUACCCUUAACUUCAGAACUGAAAAGGACUGCUGGUGUCUUUGCUGAAACUGCAUGGGCUGGUGCUGUGAGCUACUUGCUGUUGUACAUGCUUGCUAGUCAUGUAGUUGGUGCUUUAUGGUACUUGUUAUCUGUGGAGCGCUAUGAUACAUGUUGGCAAAAAGCUUGUCAUGAUAACAAAACAACAUGUGAUACUGAUUUCUUGUAUUGUGGCAAUGAAUUCAUGAAAGGAAAUGAUACUUGGAGCAGUUUCAGCGAAAAAGUUCUAAAUGAAUCGUGCACUCUAGUUGGGGAUAAUCCACCCUUUGAUUUUGGAAUUUUCAAGAGUGCCCUAUCAUCUGGCAUAGUUUUCUCUAUGAAGUUCUUGUCUAAAUAUUGUUACUGUUUGUGGUGGGGACUGCAGAAUUUGAGUACACUUGGUCAGGGCCUUGAAACUAGCACAUAUCCCGGGGAGUCCAUAUUCUCGAUUGCACUUGCCAUAUUUGGUCUGAUUCUCUUUGCAUUACUUAUUGGCAACAUGCAGACAUAUCUCCAGUCUCUUACCAUCCGACUAGAAGAGAUGAGGGUUAAAAGGCGUGACUCAGAGCAAUGGAUGCAUCAUCGCUUGCUCCCCCCAGAACUCCGGGAGAGAGUUAGGCGCUACGAUCAAUACAAGUGGCUAGAAACACGUGGAGUGGAUGAAGAGGCUAUAGUUCAAAGUUUACCAAAGGAUCUCAGAAGGGAGAUCAAACGUCAUCUCUGCUUGGCUUUAGUGAAGAGGGUUCCUCUCUUCGAGAAUAUGGAUGAAAGAUUGCUCGAUGCCAUUUGUGAACGCCUGAAACCUUGCCUGUACAUCGAGAACACAUACAUUGUUCGAGAAGGAGAUCCAGUUGAUGAAAUGCUCUUUAUCAUACGGGGUCGCCUUGAGAGUGUGACAACUGAUGGCGGGAGAAGCGGGUUUUUCAACCGUAGUUUGUUAAAAGAGGGAGACUUUUGCGGUGAGGAGCUCCUGACGUGGGCGCUAGACCCCAAAUCUGGCGUCAAUCUCCCAUCCUCGACUCGCACAGUGAAGGCUUUAACCGAGGUGGAGGCUUUCGCCCUGGCGGCUGACGAGCUGAAAUUCGUCGCCAGCCAAUUCAGACGCCUCCACAGCAGGCAGGUUCAACACACCUUCCGGUUUUACUCGCAGCAAUGGCGGACUUGGGCCGCCUGUUUCAUCCAAGCGGCUUGGCGCCGCUACAUCAAGAGGAAACUCAUGGAGCUUCAAAGAAAGGAGGAAGAAGCCGAGGAGUUGGCUAAAGCCAGUAGCCAAGCUAGCGGUGGUACUUACAGCAUUCGCGCAACCUUUUUGGCCUCGAAGUUUGCGGCCAAUGCUCUCCGCGGCGUUCAUAGGAACCGCAACCUUAAGAGUGCCAGGGAGUUGGUGAAGCUGCAGAAACCCCCAGAGCCUGAUUUUAGUGCAGAUGCAGAUUAGUUGAUCAACUUCCCUACUGAUCUUGUGUGCUUGCAAAGGGCCAAAUAUGUAUAAUAGGAUGUCACAUUGUUGUAGCUCUCAUGUUUCUGGAAAUUACUGUAUUUUAUAACUAUAUAUAUACAUAUUGCUUUUAGAGAUUGAGAUAUGUGCUUUCACCCCAAAUCUAAAGCCAUUUAUAUUAUGUUCAUUAUUCC